GCGAGAGAGAGGAGGUGUGUGUGAGAGGAGGUGUGUGUGUGUGUGUGUGUGUGAGGGGGGUAGGAGGAGAGGGAGGACUCUGGUCGCAUUGUUCAGCUCCAUCCCACAUUACACCGCGCUACACCCGGUACUGAAAGUGACAGCUCCGCUCCCCGGCUCCAUCGCUGCUGCUUUACUGUGCUGUGCUCACACACACAUCUCAUCUCCAGGACCUCUCCAUUCCCGGCUAUGUCUUUCCAAGGCAAAAAGAACAUUUCCCGUGCUACGAGUGACAAGAUCAUUAUCAAAGGAGGGAAAAUUGUGAAUGAUGACCAGUCGUUCUAUGCUGACAUCUUUAUCGAGGAUGGGACCAUCAAGCAGAUUGGGGAGAACCUUAUCGUGCCCAGCGGGGUGAAGACUGUGGAUGCUUAUGGGCACAUUGUCAUCCCAGGUGGCGUCGAUGUGAACACCAGCUUCCUGACACCCUACCUGGGAAUGAUGCCCGCUGAUGACUUUUACCACGGCACAUGCGCUGCCCUGGCAGGAGGCACCACCAUGAUCAUUGACCAUGUUGUUCCUGAGCCUGGCAUCAGUUUGCUGACUGCUUAUGACCAGUGGAGGGAUACAGCAGAUAAGCGAUCAUGCUGUGAUUACUCGCUGCACAUGGACAUCACCCGCUGGCAUGAGGGAAUGUUUGAGGAGCUUGAAACUCUGGUCAAAGAUAAAGGUGUUAACUCCUUCCUGGUUUUCAUGGCUUAUAAGGACAGGUAUCAAAGCUCAGAUUCACAGAUGUAUGAGAUAUUCUCCAUUCUGAGAGAUUUGGGAGCAAUCGCUCAAGUACAUGCUGAGAAUGGGGACAUUAUUGAAGAGGAGCAGAAGAGGUUGUUGGAUCUGGGGAUCACAGGCCCUGAGGGACAUGUGCUAAGCCAUCCCGAGGAGGUGGAGACGGAGGCCGUGUAUCGAGCCAUCACCAUCGCUAAACAGGCCAACUGCCCUCUCUACAUCACCAAAGUGAUGAGUAAAGCCGCUGCUGAUGUCAUCGCCAAGGCCAGGAAAAAGGGCAUGGUUGUUUAUGGAGAGUCAAUUGCAGCUAGUCUUGGAACGGAUGGGUCACACUAUUGGAGCAAAAACUGGGCCAAAGCUGCUGCCUUUGUCAUGUCUCCACCUCUCAAUCCGGAUGUGGGAACCCCAGACUACCUCAAUUCCAUGCUGUCAUGUGGGGAUCUUCAGGUGACAGCCAGCGCUCACUGCACAUUCUCCACAGCCCAGAAAGCUGUAGGGAAAGACAACUUUACACUCAUUCCUGAAGGGACCAAUGGCAUCGAGGAACGCAUGAGUAUCAUCUGGGACAAGGCUGUGGCAACUGGUAAAAUGGACGAGAAUGAGUUUGUGGCAGUGACAAGCACAAAUGCAGCCAAGAUUUUCAACUUGUACCCUCGCAAGGGCAGAAUCGCAGUGGGCUCUGAUGCUGAUCUUGUCAUCUGGAACACCAAAGAGACCAAAACCUUUUCAGCCAAAACUCACAAUCUGACUGUAGAGAUGAAUAUCUUUGAGGGCAUGGAGUGCAAGGGCUUUCCCAUGGUUGUCAUCAGCCAAGGCAGUAUUGUUUUGGAGGAUGGCAAGUUGGAUGUGUUGGAGGGUUCAGGUCGCUUUGUCCCCAGGAAAGCCUUUCCAGACUACGUGUACAAGAGGAUCAAAGCCCGGAGCAGGAUGGCAGAGGCCCGUGGUGUUCCUCGAGGUAAUUACGAUGGUCCAGUCCAUGAUGUAAUCAGCAUGACCAAGUCUGUACCACCGACUCCUACCACCAGAGGGUCCUCCUGUCCAGGGAAGAGUGUGGUGGGGCCAGCUAGAAACCUGCACCAAUCAGGAUUCAGCCUGUCUGGAACUCAGAUGGAUGACCACAUCCCCAGGCGUACAGCACAGCGGAUCGUAGCACCCCCUGGAGGGAAAUCCAACAUCACAUCCCUUUCUUGAGGUGCUUCCACUAAAGGAAAACAUGCAAAUAUCCACAAUUGGCUUCCAGUUUAUUAUAUACCAAUAAUAUCAUGCAAGCAACAUUUUAUUCACAACCUUUCUACAACUUCUCUGCUUCCCAUCUGCAAAGCCCAUAGUGCAGCAUGAAACAUUUUCCAGAAUGUGCAGAGUCCACAUCCUAUUUGUCCUAUUCUGCUUUCACAUACAAGUAGCACUCAUAAUGUGAUGGAGAUGAAUAGUCAAUGAUUGUAAUGUCUGUAUUAUGCUGGAGGGAUGACAUCCUAUGUUGCCUUUGAACCAGUGCUUUUCCUGUCAGAUGUGUUUUGGUUUGAGACUGGAUUUUUCAAGAGGGACUCUGUGUCCAUGUCUGUACUUUGAGCAAGCUACUUAUAGAUGGUCUUAGCUUUGUAAUAAAAAUAGAGUUGGUGUAGUUAAGUGUGUAGGUUAGUAGAGUAAUAAAGAGCCAACAGGCCAGUGGUUGAGUGUUAAAUAUCCAAGGCCUUAUCUUUCAAAGAAAGGAACAUGUAAGAAACAGUGGACUAUAAUGUAUUACAGGUGAAAAGUCAUUGCCUUCCUUCCAUUGGCAUCAAUUCUGUCAUUACAGUGUUUCUAAUGUGAAACAUUUGGUGCUCUUUAACAUGCUACUGUGAAGAACAGAACACUUUCUAGCCCUUACUGUCUAGCCUCCUUUAAUGUAAACCUCUCAUUUUUACUUUUCAAAGGGCCUCAAUUAUAAACGGCCAUUUUUAUAGCCAAACUACACAGACCUUAUUAGCCAGAAACGUUCGUAUUUUUUUAUUUGUGUUAAAAAUGAGCUGAUUUACAAAUCAGUGAUGCUCCGAUGAAAGGAAGCCAGUCAAUAAAUUAUUGUUUUCUACUUUUUUCUGUGUUCAGUCUGUAAAUAUGUUCUAUGUUCUUAACUGUGCAUGUUUGACAUGUUCAACCUUCAAUAAACAGGUUUUUAGGGGAAAUUCAUUUCUUAUUAUUUAAUGGAUAAUAAAUACAGACGCUGAAGUGUUUUGAUGUUUGAACCUCUGCCGAAUAUAAGCCAUGAUAUCAGUGUAGUGGGUUUGUUACAUUUAAUUGAAAUACGCGAGACAGAACAUAUUCCAAGCACAGAUCUGUUAAAGGAGCCGACAGUGAUGGAAGUGUCAAGACUGAAUUUUCAUUAGUUGACAAGAAACAAGUGCAAGUCAGCCAAGUGCUUAAGUGCUCUUGAAAGAACUGAGUCCUCAGAUUACUGGCAAAAAAAAAAAAAGAGUGAGAACACAACAUGGUAUCACAGCUGAAAAUGGCUAACAAUAUACUUAUUUUGUAUGAAAAGCUAUGAAGCAAAUUGAUGAGAGUUGGAGUCGGGUCAACAUUUGCAACUGUGACUACAACUUCAUUCAUGUGCACAAAAUCCACACUUUGUUUUUUUUUUUAAGUGCUCUGAAAACAUUCCUUCAAAUGCAACAAUCUGUAGCAUCAAUAACAGUACCGGUGAAAAUCUCCAGUGUUCAGUUAAAUCCAAAAGACUCAGAUGAACACAUUAAGUGUUAAGUCAACACCAAAGCAUUUACUGUCUAUUGUUACUAAUAUGCAGUUUUUCCUGCCUUUUCUCAGAUCACUUAAAACACUACAGACAAUUAUUUACGGACUUCAAUCUUUACAUGCUUACAGUGUU